AUGGCUUCCGUUACUUCGAUGGGCUUUCUCUUCAUUGUCAUGAUGGCACUUUUCGGCUCAUCCAACGGUCUAUAUUCAUGUGCGUGCUACUGCUCUGGUAUUUAUUCUAUUAGCACUGGAGCAACAUUGAGUAGUUGCACAACACUCAUAUGCAACAGUGCAUGCCAAAUUGUACCUUCGUGUAGUGGCAGUAUUACGGGUGUAUGCGGUGCCGCCGGUAUUCCACAAGCUGGAUUCGUGACGACUCUUACACUUGCGCUAAUUGGGUACUUCGGACGCAACUUAGUCGCUUGAAUAUUCAAUUUGAUGCUUUAUUAGACUAAAAUGAUCACAACUGCUUCUUACUUAUGCGCCUCAAUUCUCUCCAUUCAUUUUAUUUAUCAAUAAUAUCCUGUAUUUUUUGCUCCCCUUUUCAGUUACAAUAAAUAAAAGAACUGCAGUAUUCUAAUGAGAAAUCAUAAAUACAGUACUGUAAUUCAUUCCCCAAAUCGUCUAACAUUCGAAAUCCAGUACACUGUCAUUGUAAAUUCGCUUCCAUAAAAGUAUUAUUCACUACGCCCACGAAAAUAAUUCACUGAAAUGUGUGUUCGAACGCGUGCUUUAUUCAGUUUACAUAUUUUCGUUAGACAUAAGGCGCACUUUUUCGAUCGCUUUGAAACGUAUUCUUUUCAAUUUAUAACGCUAGAAAGGAACUUUAAACGCUUUAUGGACAACACGUUUCUUCGACCCUAAUCGACUCUCCCCCAACGACCCCCCGGGGAGUCCCCGUAAAAUAACGAAAUCCCUGGGGAGUCCCUGUCGUGAGUCCCCGGGGACUUUUUAUUUAGGGGACUCCCCGGGGACUUCUCUGAGGAGAAUUGAUGAAAUUUUUUAAAAUAAAAAAAAAAUUUUAAUUUUUUUAAUUUUUAAAAAAUUAAGAAGAAUUUAUUAGUAAUUAGAUAUUUCAUCGAUUUUGAUCAGAUAACUCCCCGGGAAGUCCCCAUGGAGUCCCCGCAAAAGAACGAAAUCCCUAGAAACUCCCUGUCGUGAGUCCUCGGGGAUUUGUCAGGGGACUCCCUGGGGAUUCUUCUAGGGAGAGUUGACUAGGGUAACCCGAAACAAACUUUUUGCGAACUUAUUUUAAUUGUUAAAUCUUUUUUCUAUUUCGGUGAAGAGCAUAUUCGAACUUGAGAAAUUUUAUUGUACUAUCCUGAUGCUGUUGAGCCAAAUUUACAGUUAUCUGUGGAUGUGGGUGUUAGUAUAUUGACUUGUGGCGUUUGGGUAAAUGAAUGCUUGUGAUUAUGCUUAAGGAUGUGAUAGAUGUGUGAGAGUGGUUUUAAGAAUGUAGGCAAUAUUUUCUACGCUAAUUGAAUGAAUGAACUACACAUGCAGAUCAACUUAAAUCCUAAUUGAUAUAUUCAUCAUCAAUGCACACGUCAACAUUCUGAUGUAUAGUAAAGACCCAACAGUUGAAGUCUUUCACUCAUCAGUCAUGUUCUUAAUUCAAUCUGUUGAAAUUUAGAUACACGAGAAAAUUUAUUACGUUUUUACUCUAGUUGAAGUUUUAUUUUAUGCGCUUGACCUGCA